AUGGACUCCAAUGAAGAACUGGAUCCUUUCUCCAGUGAAGGCCUCUGGAGACUGUCCAAGUUCAGUGUGGAGGCGCUGAAACCAAUCGGCGCUCUACCGUGGAACGCGGAUCUACCAGACAUUCCCAGGUCUUGUUUUCACAAAGCCGAUCAACCAAUUGACAAGCCCGAUCCAAUUUGGUCGUUCAAUUCCAUUGACCACGCCCUGGGCCCGCUCGAAUCCACUGCCGACUCGAUCAUCGACCCUUCGAUAGACUCUCAAUCCGAUACAUCGUGUGGCCUCUUACAACAAUUACCAGAGGAAGAUGAUGGUCUAUGGGGCUUGGAUCUGCUGCAGGAAGAUGUUGGUUACGUCGCCCCGCUAAAAACAUGGGAGAGAUACUAUGACCCGAACUUUCGCGAACCACCAUCUGCGUACUUGAGUGAAUGGGGUCCGAGAGGCUUCGAUGCUGCGCUGGAAUGUCAGGCUGAAACAAAGGGCCGCGAGCUUGGCCGCCUGGUUCAUAGCGACGUGCUCAUUCGAUCAUUGCUUCGCCUUGGACUCGGCUGGAGUUCGGUCUUCUUCCGCUACGACCAAAAAACAAAUCGAUUCGAGAGGCCCGAGAAGAAUAUUCGCGUGUCCGGUGUUAGCCCAGAAGCGCUAGAAAGCGUGAUCGAAAAUACUUUGCGAUGCGGGACGGACAUGCUGCAUGUUCGAUCAUUUGUUCGAACCCCACCAAGCAAGUGCAAGCCAUUGUCGUCUUUGUUCGCUUUGGGUAGCGCCCUCGCAGUCGUGAUCUAUACUCUGGAACAGAAAAUCGUGGAAAAUUCCAAACACAUCGUUUCACCUUUGCAGAUCCUGGCGUUGUUUCGCCGAUGUGGCGAUUUGAUAGGCGCGCUGGCCAGUAUUGUUGAUGCGGCUGAAAGGGCGGUUUCAGAUGCUCAAGUCAUCUCGACGGUUAUGGAACGGGCGGCGUUCCUGGCUCAAAAGUUUGCCUGGUUGGAGAAUCUCGUGCACGAGAUUGUGGUGCGCGUCGCAGCUCCCUGGUUCACAUUCAUCGAGGGUUGGAUCGGGCUUCGACCAGAAGAGUCUGCACUCAAGGAAACCCUGGCCAGCGGAAAUACCUUUGUUCAUCUUGAAACCGUUGACGAACCCGCCAAAUUCAAGACUGGGCCUCCACGCAUCGACUAUACGUAUCGCGCGGACCACAUGCCGUCUUUAAUCCCCGAUGAUCAAGCGCAGUCGAUCUUUGAAAAUGGGAGAAGCUUGCGAUUACUCAAACGCUCCCAUCCACAGCACCCCGUUGCCCGAGAUGAUGUUCUUGCGCGUGCUGGCCAUAUUCAUCUGUAUUAUGCGACCACCUGGGCUGAUAUCGAGCGAAUCCAAAGAAGAGCCCAUGAUUAUGAAGCAAAACUUCGUUCCGAGAUCCUGAGGUAUCACAGUCGCGAGUCUUCUGAACCGGGGACAGAGCCAAAACCCACAUUGCCUGGGGCUGGCCCUGAAGCAAAGGACGUUGUGCGGGAAACCUUUGAACUUUUCAACAUAGACGACGAGAAAAAUAGCUCGGGGCCAAUUACGGAUCGUACUGCUUUUUCCAGCGACAAAUUCAACGGAUUGCUGGACAAUGCCAGAAGCAUUGAUUCGGUUCCCGCCGGCAAUGAGAGCCGUUUCGGUCCAGAGUUGUCAUCCGGUCUUUAUUUGUCCCUUGCCCCGGUCAUCUUCUCUCAGUCACUUCUCAUUGACUUCUCGUGUCUCCACCAUUUGUUCAAAGAACAUAGGGUCAGACAUCACCUACACUUACAAUGGCGCUUCCAGCUCCUAGGCGAUGGCACGUUCGUCUCGCGCCUCUUAAACUCUCUCUUCGACCCAGAAAUGGAAAGUAGUGAACGCAAGUCUGGGGUUGUCCGCAGUGGCGUGCACACGGGCUUGCGUCUGGGAAGCCGUGACACAUGGCCCCCAGCCAGUUCAGAAUUGCGGCUGGUCUUGAUCGGACUGCUUGGUGACUGCUACUUUGGCGAUACAAACCCCGACAUGCCGGAGAAGGCCCAGUCUGAGAGAGAAAAUGAACUCCCGGGUGGGUUGAGUUUCUCAAUUCGAGAAUUGACCAACGAAGAAAUUACUCGGUGCAAAAAUCCGAAUGCAAUCGAGGCUCUGGAUUUCCUUCGCCUGCAAUACAAACCACCUGAGGUCCUCGAAACCAUUAUUACCUCACGUUCUCUGGAUAAGUAUGAUCGCCUCUUCAAGCAUUUGCUUCGGCUCCUUCGCAUGUUGUCGGUAGUCAAAGGCAUUGUCCGUGACUCUACAGUUCGAGGUUCUCUUUCAGGAGAUACACGCAAUGUGUUCCAGAAGUUUAGGGUUGAUGCCCAACACUUUGUCCUGGCGGUUAGCGACUACUGCUUCCACAUUGGCAUCGGUUCGAUCUGGCACCAGUUCCAAGAAACUCUCACGAAGAUCGAAUAUUGCCUGGACCGUGGCGAUAUCGACGGCACCAUUGAGGCAGCCCACUCUGUGCCCCGACUUCGCGACUAUCACGAAGACAUUCUUGAUCAGAUGCUCUUCGCUUUUUUCCUCAGCAAACGGCAUGUGCAAGCCGCUCAUUUGCUUGACUCUAUCUUCGGUACAAUUCUCGCCUUCAGCCCUCUGUCAAGAGCGGACGGUCUGGAUGGACUCCGACAACAGAGCGAGGGUACUGUUCUUCACCUGUACACGACGUUUCGGAAGCAAACUUCUGCCUUUGUUGGAUAUCUGCGUAGCUUGGAUUCGGGAAAAUCUUCUUCGAAGUCCAUGGGGAAGACCGGGUCAUUUUUCUCCACGCGGUCAGAACCGACGAGCGUUUUCGAGCAUCUCUUGGCGAGGCUGGAUAUGAAGGAGUAUUAUUGA